GGACAACAAUCGGAAGGGAUUCAGUACAAGUACCUUUUACCCUAGUUAUUUAUCAUAUGAGGGUAAUCCACCACAGGUGUGUGAUAAUGAGGGAAUUUUUGCAUUGCAUGUGAGUAUUGUAUGGUCUGAAGCUUGUGGAGAUGGUUUUUGGGGGCUUUAGAGAGGGCUUACAUUGAGCAAGGAAUAGGUUUUGGUGUUGGAGAAACCACUGGUGCAACAAUGAGGGCUGGACAUGCAGCAGGUAGAGCUCUUUUUAGAUCCCUGCAUCGCAUUUGUCACAACCCUCAAGUCUUCUUUUCAUGUUCCUCCUCAAAUUUUCUGCCCAAGCUGUCAUCGAUUGCGCCGGUUUUUAGAAUAGAGGAAUAUGGAGUGGGAUUUGGGUCGUCGCCGUCAUUUCGGUUCCAGUGCACGUACUCUUUUGCCUCCAAAGCUGCAAUGGAUUCAAUGGAUAGUCUUCGAGGAUUGACACCAAGCAUCUGUGCGAGCGGCUCUGAGAGAGCGUCGACAGGCUGUUUCAGGCCAAGGUCCCACAAUCAUGUCUUUCUCCAGGGCUUUGCAACACAGAUGUCAACAAAGACACCACAAACUCCAACACAGACUUCAGCACAAGCACCUACUAACCCUGAAUUAUCAGCAGCAACACCUCGGACCAUCUCAGUAUUGCCCUCUGGCACGCCCUCAGAGCAAUCGAAACCGAAGAAGUCAGGGGCUUUGAAGCAGAUGUUUUUGGGUUUUGGAGCUGUUCCUUUUCCUGCACUACUUCUAGGAGCAGCCGGACUUAUUCCGUUCGUUGCAUUAACUCCCCCACUCGCACAAAUGCUCCCAAUACCUGCUAUCGUGGCCGUAUCUUAUGCCGAUGCUCAGGCUGCUUAUGGUGCUUCUAUUGUUUCAUUUCUUGGUGCAAUCCACUGGGGCUUGGCUAUGGCUGACUAUGCAGCUCCAGGGAAAGGUGGAGUUGCUAACAUGACGUUAAUGACAACAAGGUAUGUUUGGAGCGUGGUGCCUUCUUUAAUGGCGUGGACAGCUCUACUUCUGCCUCCUGGCUGCAAAUUUGCUCUCCUUAUCUUCUCUCUUUGGACGGCACUUGGCGUGGACUUCGUCUAUGCUAGAUUAAAAUUGGUGCCUUACUGGUUUUUGUCUCUGAGGUGGCCCCUGACGUUGGUUGCUUCAGUGAGCAUGGUACCGUCAAUGUUAGCUGCAGCAGCCUGGACUUAUUGAAACAUAAGCGGUAUAGUUUAUGCUGGUCGGUGCUUGUGAAUGUGAGUUUGAUCAGACAUAAGCAGUUGAUUAGGAGACAAUAAUUAGAGGCGACUGCUCAAAUCGGUUUUAAUGUCAACUUAUCAAAAGGUUGGCAGUCUUUUGGUACAGAAUGUUUGUGGGUGGCUUUGGAUCGACUAAUUUUGCUUUCCAUAUUCUUGUUAUGGAUUGCAUUCAUAUCUUAAAGUUGUAUACAGAAACAAUGACACUCCAUAAUUAAGGUAAGUAUGAUUCAGCCAU